AUAACUUUUCUAUUUAAUUAAGUUUUACAUAUAUCGUUUCUAUUAUAUUUGUGAAUCUUCGCAAUUUGGUGGAUUCAUUAUUUACAUCAGCUGGAGGACAUACUCGGAACAUCAUGCCCAUGGAAUUAUUUGUAAAAAAACAGCAACUGGGUACUUUCUUAAGACUCAGAUGUGUAGUUAACCACAGUUCGAAAGUUUCGAAAGCAAAUGAAAGAACGCUUGUUGUGACAAGUGAAAAAUAUCAUAUAGACAACUUGGCUACCAUUCGAUUUGAAUUCGAGAGCUACAAAAGUGCUUUUACGUGCAAGAUUUUAGCAGUAAAUCAUGACAGCGCUAAAAAUUACAAAGUAAAAGUAAAUGUGUCGUGCCAAGAUGUCGAUACUCCAUUUUACUCGGAAUGGAUAUGUGAUGAUCAGUGGAAGAACUUUGGGAUAAAGAGUAUAUGUGAUUCAGAUUUUCUGAAUGUAGUCACAGAUGUUUUGGACAUUAACAUUACUGCAUGUAAAGCGCUUGAAUCGUUCAUUGUGAAGCUUUACAAAGACAUUUAUUUCACUGAUUUCAAACUGAGCACGGUUGAAGGCAGCGUGGCUGUUCACCGGGCAUGUCUAGCGGCGUGCAGCGAUGUAUUCCAAGCUAUGCUUAGUCGAGAAUGGAAGGAGACAUCCGAAGGCAGGAUCGAGAUAGAAGGGGUCACUUUAACUACACUUCAGCAUCUUAAAGAUUAUAUGUACUUGAACAUGCUACCGGAAGACGGACUUGAGCAGUUACUGAAACUCGCUUCAUACUAUUUGAUUGAUAGUUUGAAAACGGAAUGUGUUUCAAAGUUAGCGUUAACAUCUAAGCCGGAGGAUUGGAGUAGGCUGCUUGAGCUGUCCGUGAUAUACAAAAUACCUGAGUUAAUGUGUGCUGUGCAAAUGAUGGUAAAUCCGGCGUUGGCUGUGGACAGAAAACUACUAGACUAAUUGAGUCAUAAUACCAGGAAGGUUUAACCCGUUCAGUGCCAGUGGCCCAAUAAUUGUGCUGGUUCUUCGUAGUCUCUGUUUUUAGGGUUCUGUACCCAAAAGGUUUAAACGGGACUCUAUUACUAAUAUGUGACAUUCCUCAGAUAAAGGUACCUUAUAGGGGGUAGGCGCUAACGUCGCGUAGCACCAAUAGUGUAAGCGCAAACUACCGUAAGGUCCCUUUAAAGGACCUUUUAAGGUACCUUUGUCUUUUACCUUUUGAACAUCACAUAUUUUUUUGUAGCAAUUGCUGUAUAUGUUGUAAAAUGUUACAUUGAAAUAAUACUGGAUCAUUUGACAACAAAUGGGUGAUCCAAUAAAUAAAGAUUUAAUGUUGAUUGUUUUAAUGAUUCAUUUAAAUUGUCAUUUAAUGGAAGAUCCAAAAAAAAAUUCAUUUUGAUUCCGCUGUGUUCAUUAUAUUAAGUGAUAUUAACUUUUAGAUAUUUAAGGAUACAAAAAGGAUGUAACUGUCAUAUGGCUAAAUUUAAAGUACUUGUGGAUAAAUAUGUAUGAUUAACUGUUUUCUAUAAUAGGUAUUAAUUUUUUUUUCUCAGAUUAGAUUCAGGUAAGCUAAGCGCCACUUGCACCAUUCCACUAACCCGGGGUUAACCGGUUAAACCUGGAGUUACCAUGGUUACCAGUACAAUUUGACACUCGGUUAACGGUUUAACCGCUUAACCCCGGGUUAGUGGGACGGUGCAAGUGGGCCUAAAAGUAGUAACACAAGACCAAGAGUUUGUACACAUUAAUGGAAACAAAGAUUUAUGUUUUCAUGUGUUUAUUCUUUCAAUUUAUUGUCUUACAUUACUAAAUACUAUUGGCACUUAAUAAAUGCAUAAUUUACGCUUAAACAUAAUUCAUUUCAUCAUAAACCCAUUUAUUACAUAUUGC